UGUUUAUACUUAAAGGUAAGAAAAUAUCUUCUUGUUAUUGAAAUUGUUCUUCAUAAUAAUGGUUUUAUUCGAACAACUUGGUUCUUGGUAUACGUAGCACUGUUUACGGAAAAAUGAACAAACUGGCCGUUCUUCUGAGUUUUCUGUUUUGCAUCAAAAUAGCGGAUUUUUCAAAGUCCUCAAAGGAAAAAGAAGAGCCAGAAUUUUCCGACCGCGAUGAUGAUUACCUCAAGUACAAAGAAAGUACUCCGCUGUUUUCCUCUGGAAGCAAUCAGCAGGGCAACUUGUACUAUCCAACGGAUACACUUAGUGGCGUAAGACCCCCAACUAGCCAAUGCGUUUGCCCGCAGGGAGCUCCUGGAGUCAGUGGAAACCCUGGAUCUCCAGGUAUCCCAGGAGUUCCUGGCAUCAAUGGAAACCCAGGUCUUCCAGGGCCCCGAGGACCGCCAGGAGUCAUCAAUGGGAUGGCAGAGGUGGUGGCAUUCUCAGUGUCCAAAGACUCGUCGAUGAAGAGACCAAAGAGAGAACAGAAGAUAGAGUUCGACAACGUGGAUGUGAACGUGGGCGGUCACUUCAACAGGACCAGCCGGAGUGACUUCACAGCCCCAGUGUCCGGACUGUACUUCAUGACCCUCACUGUGGGCAGGAUGAGUGAUGACCUCUAUGUCCGAGUAGUCUCGGGGGGCUUCACUAAAUUCGCCCUGCAGUCCAUGGGAUACCCCACCACUGGCGCACAGAAAGUCCCCCUCAUUAUGAUGACUAACUCGGCCAUAGUGCAGAUGAAUGCGGGAGACUCGGUGGCCUGCUACUUGGCAGCCGGCAACUCCAUCGAGAGCAAGUUCGGAACCACCACCUGGAACGCAUUCCUCCUGUCCCCCUCUGCAUUCCCUCACUCCAGGGGGACUACUGGGAACUAAAGCAGAGUCAGAUCACUGGAAAACUAAUUAACUCUCGGAGGCUAUUUCUGUUAUGCGGAUAAAAAAGUAGUUUGUCGCUUUUUUGGAAGUUGGAUAACAAUAAUUGAUUUUGAUUGGCAACCAAUCGAAUAUCCCGAAGACUUCAUCUAAUAAUAGUCAAUUUUAAAACGGAAUCACAGUUCGGUGAUUUUAAUGAGGAUGUUUGUAAACUUCAAAUCUGAUAGACUUAAGGUCGUUUUAAACAGCGCUGUAUUUAGCGGGGGCUAGAAGGCGGACUUGCGCCCUCCGGGUAUUGGACCCUAUCACCACCCAAAGGGUCGCCUCUUUGGUACUGAUUUAGGGCAUUCAAUUUUGGCUGGUCUACACUUAAAGUUUUUUAACGGCGCUUUAAUUUUCUAAUCGUAAUUUGGUAGAGCUCAGAGUCCGGAAAGUUAAUUUGGUCGACCUAAAAAAACUGUAUAAAAUUCCGCCCACCUUGAAAAAAUCCAAGAGCCGCCCCUGGCUUUCAAUCUUCUGUUCUUAUAUCAUAUUCGGAUUCACUUUGAAGUAAUCACUCAAUUACAGUAUCCAAGUUUUAUUAUAGCAGCCAUACUGAAGAAAGUGAAUGACUCAAAUAUGCAUGAGAAAUAAAAUUUACAGCUUUAUUUUCUUUCUAGUGGAAUUGACCCGAGCGAAAAUUCAAACUAAA